AUGGACGCCUGUGGAUGGAGGGCUCCUUGCCGCCACUCGAAGCCUUUCUCGCGCGGCGACUCGCGAGCGCCUCCAUGCAUGCAAGAUGCACCGCUCGAGCGCGAACACCAUGGCUGCCGCUGCUGUGAGCGGCAAGGCUCCGUUGCACGCGUUGUGGACCGGCCUCGCAACGAUGGAGAGCACGCCAGAAGUGGUGGCCGCGCUGCAUCUUCAGCUUCGGCUGGCGCUACGGCGUCGGCGUUGCACCAGCAGUUUGAGACAACGCGGUUUCUGGCGCGCCUUCUCGCUGGCCUCACGUUGCAGUGGCGUGAGGUGGUGGCAGACCUCGCGGAGCCGCAGGUGCCUUUCAGCACCACAGAAGCUGUAGCGGAGGCAGCAUCAGCAGCAGCAGUAGCACCUCAACCAGGCGAGCGCACGCACAUUGAUCGCCGUCACCAUCACCGUCGUCGGUCGUUCUCACCCUUGAAACCACGCUGCAGCUGCCGUUCCAGCUCGGCAGUGGCAAAGGUGGCGUCGAAAUCGUACCGUGCGGAGGAGCUUCGCUUCGGCGUGCAGGCCGGCGAAGCGGAGCGUGCGCGCUUGCGCUGCCGUGAGCAACGGCGCGCGCCGUCGGCAUCCUUCUCAGGUCCCUGCGAGGGCCCAUCGCGCCACUGCGCCAGCGGCACCGAUGCUUCGACGCUGAAGAGCCGCCUGGAUGGGGGUGAUCAGAAAGGCGGCGGCGCCUCGCGCACCGACGCUGGACUUUGCUCGGCUGCAACCAACUGGCACUGCCUCACACCCGCCAUCCAAUGGAUUCCGUACUUGCUGAAGGACGACACGAACACGGGUGACCGCCACAACCUGGGCGAAAGUGGUCUGCUCUACGCCCCCCUCCAUCGGCCCAGGCAGCAUCGUAAUGCACGGGUGGAACAAGAUCCCAGGGACGGCGAGGGCAUUUACGUCCGCAGUGACAUGUGGGCUGAUGCGCAGCUCCGACGCGCUGUACUGGAAGGGGCGGCGCGGAGCGUGGAGGUAAGUAUACUCGGCAUGCGUCAGGUUCGCGAGGUGCUGUCGGCGACGGCAGUGGCCACCGCUAGUAACAACGGCACCAACAGAAGCAGUCGACAUCGUCCUCGCCGUGGCGGUGGUCGCAGCUCGAGUAGGACCGGCCCCUUGUCUACGCGGUCAGACUCCGUCUCCAGUGCUGCGAGCGCUGAAGCGAAUCAGGCUUCGGCGCACCAACGUGGCAGCACACGCUGCAGCGGUCAUGGACUUGGCCACAACGAGGGCGUGGCACCACCAUCCAUCCUUUUCACCUCUGUAGCGUCGCCGUCGCGCUCGCAGCGGCGCAGUCCAAGCGCCGGAGACACGCUGUUUGCAACGGCAGCAACACCUGCUGCUUCAGGUAGUGGUUUGGUGUACCCCGCCCCACCAGCGUCAGAGCGUGUCUAUAUCUACCCCCGCGUAGACCGGAACGCCACCGUCCUGUCGCCGCUGCGCCAUCGCCCGUACUCAGCGACGACAGCAGAUGCGUCUGCCGCCGCCCCUCCGUCUCGCUGGAACCGCAAGCUGGAGUGGCGGGCAACGGAGGCAACAGUGCCGGUGGGAGUAAAGCCAGGGGUCGCACCCGUCACCGAAUCCGCGGCGUCGAUGGACGCGUUCAGUCCACUGUCGGAUCCGUCCAGUGCUCCUGCGUCUCCGGCACAGCCCAUGGCGCCGCAGACAGCCUCCCCGACGACGCGUCCUCGACUUCCUCCAUCUACCUUGCCUUCCUCCGUAGCUGCCGCUACUGUUCGCAGUACAUCGCAAGUGCGCUGGACAGCCCUCGCGCACGAAGAAGGCGAGGCGCGGCUGCGCAUCGUCAUGGCGCAUGGCUGUCGCCUCAUGUGCAUCUUGCGCGACCACUACGAACGUCUGCGUGAGUUAGAGUGGGAAGGCAAGCGGCAUUCGCUCGCCACCACGAUCGGGGCCGUAGCCGGUGAACAUGGGGCCGCAACAGUGCGGGCACCUGCCCCAAGAGCAGUGGCGAGGGCAAGCACUAGAGCAAGCGACACCGACGGCGUUUCGGACCCCGUCAACUCCCCUUCCCCGACGCCCUCACUGUCGCUUCCCUCGGUCUCCACCCUCCCCGCUCACACAGAAACGAGCAGCGAAGUGGCCACGAGCCCAGCGGCACAGAUACCGCCCGCACACAAGGGUGAGGGCGACUACGAACGGGAAGGCACACCCACCGAAGAGCAGCCUUCAACGCCCACCACUGCAGCUGCUAUGGUCAUCCUAAACACACACGCGCCGUCGUCCCCUCAACAGAGGCGGCAGUCGGUGUGGGAGAUGAGCAGCGCCACGCAUAGCCGAGCUAGUGACACACGCUACUCGCCAGCAGCGUCGCACGCGUCACGGUUACCAGCGCGUCGGCUGCCUGCAAGCCACCUGGCUCCGGUCGUCUUACAUGACAGCAGCGUCGCGGGGGCAGUGACCACCUCGUCUGCUGCCGCAGAUGCUCCGAAGGCGCCAGCUUCCGUGCCUGCGUCCGCUCCGCGCCCAUCGGCAAAACAGUUGGAGCUGCGCUCUCCGCCGCACGUCCGGCCCUCGGCGUUAUUGCAGCAGCUAUGGAAUGUAGCUGCCGUGGCGGACGAGGGGGAGAAGUACGCUGAGCGCACCCCGUCCAUGACGCGCCAUGCGCACAGCCACCCCACCGGCGGUAACUCCUGCCCGCUGCUGUCGCCGCUCGACGAAUCUGCUGUGGAGGCCACAGCGCAGAAUGCAAGUAGCGACCUCGACUCCAGGACAACUGCGGCAAGUACCAGCGGCAACCAGAAUGUCAGUUGCAGCGCCGACAGCAGCAGCUCCUCCGUCAACUACAUCGUAGAAGAGAAUGCGGAGCGACGUGUUCCAGCGAGCACGUCCAAAACCGCCACUGGACUCAUGGCAACUGCGGGCGAUCGCGCUUACCUGACAGCCGCCUCUUGCGGCCCACCACUGCCAACACGAGUAGGAGUGAAUGAGCCUCAGCUUGGCAAUGCCGAAGAUGACGCACCUCCAAGGCCUCGUUCCGACGGUACGGCGCCACAGCACUUGGCCAUCGCGGUGGAGCUGUUCCCGGUGGUCGACGCCGACACCAGCAUUGCAUGCGGACGUCUGCCGAGAAAGCAGCUGAUCCUUUCGCCAUCCCCGCUGCCGUCAGCGCUGGACAUGGACGACGUAUGUGAUGCCAGCACGGCCACCGUCGAUGUCGUCGAGGUGACGACUGUGACGGAUGAGGCAGAUGCUGCGAGCUUCAGCUCCAUCUCCUCCUUCCACGAGAAUGCUGUGGAGUCUCCAGUGGCGAGUGUUGGUGCAGCAGCGGCAGGUGAUACCGCGGCCGCCACUCUCACAGCCGGCGAGUGUUUCUCGGAGGAGCCCCUCAAUGGGCACUCCAUACCCCUGGCAAAUCCUGCGCCCCGCUCGUGA